UUGGCUGUAGGUCAACCCAUCCGCCUGCCGCGCAGCAUCCACAGCAGCACCGUUUCAAAUCAACCUCAUCACCACCGUCAUCCUCACGUUUUGAUUGAAUACAACAACAACAACCAAAAAUCGUUCGCGUGGGUGUGCGCGUUUUCCUUUUUCUUGCACUGGCGGCUCGUUUCGAGGAUGGCUGAGAGCGAGGUAGACACGCCAAGCACGCCCAUUGAGUUUGACAGCAAAUACUUCGAGUUUGAUGGAGUGCGGCUGCCACCCUUCUGCAGAGGGAAGAUGGAGGAAAUCGCCAACUUCUCGCUCAGAAGUAGCGACAUAUGGAUCGUCACCUACCCAAAGUCAGGCACUAGUCUACUUCAGGAGGUGGUGUAUCUAGUGAGUCAGGGAGCAGACCCAGAUGAGAUUGGCCUCAUGAACAUCGACGAACAGCUGCCCGUCUUAGAGUACCCCCAACCUGGCCUGGACAUCAUACAGGAGCUGACGUCCCCUCGUCUGAUCAAAAGCCAUCUCCCCUAUCGAUUCCUCCCCACGGCCAUGCACAACGGAGAGGCCAAGGUGAUCUAUAUGGCUCGUAACCCUAAGGACCUGGUGGUGUCUUACUACCAGUUCCACCGCUCUCUCAGGACCAUGAGCUACCGGGGAACCUUCCAGGAGUUCUGCCGGCGCUUCAUGCAUGACAAGCUGGGAUAUGGUUCCUGGUUUGAACAUGUUCAGGAAUUUUGGGAACAUCGUAAUGACUCUAAUGUCCUCUUCUUGAAAUAUGAAGACAUGUACAAGGAUCUGGGGCCAUUGGUGGAACAGUUAGCCCGGUUCCUGGGUGUUUCCUGUGACAAGGCUCAGCUGGAGGGCAUGGUGGAGAGCUGCAACCAGCUCAUUGAGCAGUGCUGCAACUCGGAGGCGCUGUCCAUCUGCAGGGGUCGUGCAGGUCUGUGGAAGGAUGUCUUCACUGUGUCUAUGAAUGAAAACUUUGACGCUGUGUACAGACAGAAGAUGGGCAAGUCCGACUUGACCUUUGACUUCUGCCUGUGAGGAGCACCUGACGCCACUCUCUACCCUCACGGAUCGGCUCCAGUACAGUUGACCAAACCCACGCUCCUACUGUACACCUCCAUUCAGUCAAUAUGUCUGAAGUCCAAUGGUACAGUCUGACAGUGGGAUUACACUCCAAGACUUUUCCCAGAAUGCAAUCUGUCUCAAGUCAACAAGACAUCCAAAAUUCCACCUUUGUGGACUGAUCAAAACCAAUCCAGAUUUUAUUGGGAAUUUAUUGAAAUUUCUCAGCCGAUAGUUAAACCAAACCUCCCUCAACCCCUACCUCCACAGUAUGUCCCCACUGCUGUGUAUGUAUAUGUGUAUAUAGUAACCAGGGUUCGACUGAUAUAGGGUUUUUUGAAGGCCGAUAUCAAUACUUUUGAGCUGAAGUAUUCAGGUCAACAUUUCUUUUCAAAAUCUCCCACAAUAUGACCGCGUUCAUAACAGGGAUUCAAGCUACGUGCAGAUAUUUGUGACUGAAAUACAGAGAAAAUCACACACCAAUAUAGCUGAAAAG